UUUUUUAAGAAAUAGCUAAGAGUGAAUUAUUCAUUCAAGAAUUUGGAGCAAACAGAUUCAAAGUCUUCAUCCAGUAUGGAAUAUUUUCAUUACUAUCGUAGUUGGAUGUACGAUAGAACGUAUCCAGGAAGACGUGGACUUAAACCGAACUUUGAGGAAGGAGUUAAAGGGUUUAUCACAUGGGCUUUCGCUCAAGAAUGUUGUCUAAGCGAAGGAGGAGUAAGAUGUCCUUGUCUAAAAUGUGAAUGUAGACCUAUAAUUAGUGACCCGGAGGAAGUAGAACGUCAUUUGAAGAGAAGGGGUUUCAUUAAAAAUUACUGGGUUUGGACAUAUAAUGGAGAACAGUUGCCGAGUAAUGUACAAAGGACUACGACUACACAUGCUUCUAGCAGUCGAUCACAUAUGGAACACCGGGAAGAAUUUAGUUUGAUCAGUGACAUGGUUGGCGAUGCUUUUGGGGUUAACGUGACCUAUGAUGAACCUCAAGACUUCGAUCAGGAAGAGUUGCCGAAUGAGGAAGCUCAAAAAUUUUAUCAAUUGUUGCAAGAAAUGAAUACGCCGUUGUUUGAAGGGUCGUCAGACUCAAAAUUAUCGAUGUGUGUGAGAUUAUUGGCCGCCAAGUCCAAUUGGAAUGUUCCUGACCAGUGUUUGGAAUUCUUUGCAAAAAUGAUGUUGGACGCAACUCCUACGAAAGACAACCUUCCCACAAGUUUUUAUGAUGCAAAGAGGUUGGUGUCGAAAUUGGGUUUAGAGGUAAGAAAGAUUGACUGUUGCACUAAUGGUUGCAUGUUGUUUUACGAUAAUGAGUUUGGUACUAAUGAUGGAUCGUUGGAGGAAUGUAAGUUUUGUAAGAGUCCGAGAUACAAAGUUCGCAGUAAAGCCAUUAACCGUAAGCAAAAACAUGUGGCAGUGAAGUCCAUGUUUUAUCUGCCGAUCAUACCAAGGUUAAAAAGAAUGUUUGCUUCAAUGCAUAGUGCAAGUCAAAUGACAUGGCAUCAUACAAACCAAACAAGUUCGGGCACAAUGCGACAUCCAUCUGAUGGUGCGGCAUGGAAGCACUUCGAUAUGAUACAUCCUGAUUUUGCAGCAGAACCUAGAAAUGUCAGACUUGGACUAUGCUCUGAUGGUUUUACUCCAUAUGUCCAAGCGUCUGGAAGUGGAUAUUCUUGUUGGCCAGUUAUUGUUACCCCUUACAACCUCCCUCCUGAGAUGUGCAUGACAAAACCAUACAUGUUUUUGACUUGCCUCAUUCCAGGUCCAAAGAGUCCAAAAGCUGGAAUAGAUGUGUAUUUACAACCUUUAAUUGAUGAUUUGAAGAGGUUAUGGAUUGGAGAAUGGACUUAUGAUAUAUCUUGCAAACAAAACUUUACUAUGCGAGCAGCCUUGAUGUGGACUAUAAACGACUUUCCCGCAUAUGGCAUGUUGUCCGGUUGGGGGACACAUGGAAAAAUGGGAUGCCCGCAUUGCAUGGAACACUCUCAUGCGUUCACGUUGGAAAAAGGGGGGAAAAGUUCGUGGUUUGACUGUCACCGCAGAUUCCUACCGAAAGAUCAUGUCUUUCGAAGAAAUAAGAAUGACUUCAAAAAAGGCAUAAGAGUAACAGACUUGCCUCCCCCUCGUUUCUCACCCGGUGAAGUAUGGAACCGAGUUAGUGAACUGCCAAAAUUCACAGAUUAUGGUAAAGCUUGCAGAAUUGAAGGAUAUGGGGAUACACAUAACUGGACAAAAAGAAUUGGUAAUCGUCAGUACCUACCAGAACCUCAGAAAGAGGAACAACGCCAGAUUUAUGCUUCUCAGGCUAAAAAUCCUAGUAGUUCUUCUUCCAAAAACACCCCGGCUGAAAACACUAUAGAUUUGAGGUUUAUGAACAAUGGUUUUAGAGCCUUUCGUGCCACCCCAACUUUCAAAGAUCCCACUGAUUACUCCAAUUUGUUAAACAAAAUAGAGAAACAAAAAUCUCAGGCUUGGAAAGAUAUAGGGAUAUACGACCUUAUUAUGCUGUCAAAAUUGAACCUGGAUUAUAGUAACCCUAUGUUAGUUUCUUCGCUGUACUUUAGGGACAACACACAUUAUACCUUCCACCUUCCUUGUGGAAUGGUCACACCCACUCUUUUCGACAUGGUCGCUAUCAUAGGGAUGAAACCCACUGGCCACACCUAUGAUCCUGAUGUUGACUCCAUAGAUACCAUUGCCUUUUCGACUACAAGAGCAACAUAUUCAACACAUAUAGCCCACUAUCAUGAUAAAGACACUGAAACUGUCUCUGAUGUGGAGCAUAUAGCUUUUCUGGCUCUGUGGUUGUCACACUCCGUAUUUUUCUCGAAAUCAUUACAAGUGGCCAAGAAAUAUCUUACCCUAGCUAACCAACUGCAUGCAGGGCAUGAUAUCUGCUUAAGUGAGAUGAUUUUGGCUAGCCUGUACGUAUCCUUGAGCGACGAAGUGGCUCAGCUAAAGAAUAUGAGGGACAAAGGGAAUCUUCUAUUGUCUGGCCCCUUUUGGUUAUUACAACUUUGGCUCAAUGCCACGUUCGAGGCUGAUCUACCAAACAUGGGUCUCGUCGAUGAAGAUGCUGAAGGAAUCCGUAAUAGGAGGGUCGAAGGACCAAGGAAAAGACCAAGAAAGGGUGACGCGAACACUAUUAUUCUUCCCAAGAAAGCUGCCUCCUCCAAGCCUGCCUCUGUGCCAGAUGUUUUGAACAGCGUCGGUGAACCUACCUAUCGACCAUCCUAUGAAAAGGGGUCCAUGAGCGAGAUUAAUCAACCUCCAACCGGUACCCUCGACGCUUCGCCACCAAAAACCACUACUCAACAUUCUCAUACCAGUGACUCUAGUCAUGAGACUGACUCAAGCGAGGAAAAUGAAGCCCAAGGUAAUCCAAUCCCUAUGGCCGAGGAUGAACUAGCUAAUGAUGAAGAAACCCCCGGGGCUGGUCUACACACAUCGACAGAAAUGAAUGAGCCUCAGGGCGAGGGAUGA